AUGCUUGUGUUACGGACAGAAGCUUUGUUGGCUUUAUUUUCGACUCUUCUUCUCACCUCGGUUUGCGUCGAUGCAUCCGGGAGUAGGCCUCAUCGGAUUGUUGUUAUUGGUUCCAUCAACGCUGAUACCUUCCUUCCCGUCGAUCGAAUACCAAUUGAAGGUGAAAAUUUGACGCUUUUACCGGGAAAGCUCCCGGUCGUAGACGUCCCCGGUGGCAAAGGCUGUACGCAGGCCGUUGCGGCUUCUAAGUUGCUAGCACCGGUGGGAGGAAGUGUUUCUUUCGUCGGACAAUUUGGCAACGACGUGGCUGCCCAAAUUCUGCAACAAUCACUCGUUGACGCUCAUGUCGACGUCACAUUUUGUUCGCAUCAUGAAAAUAUACCCAGCGGUCGAGGCUACGUGUUUCACACGACAUCGGGUCAAGUUAGUGCCGUUGUCUCGGGUGGGAGUAACGAGCUGGGAUGGCUUGAAUGGGAGCACGCUUGGGAAAUAUACAAUAAAGAUAGAAACCAGAUUCUGCUUCAGGGAAAAAUCGACAAGCUCUUGCAAGACUGUCGUUUAGUCAUGCUUCAGUGCGAAGUUCCGGAAUACGUCAAUCGAUUAGUUGCUCGGUGUGCGGCGCAGCGUGGGAAUAUUCUCGUGGUGCAAGAUGUUGGCGGUGAAGACCGGGGAAUGAACGAAGAGCACCUCCGGCACUGCGACUAUCUCAUGCCGAAUGAAAGCGAAUUGCGGCGUCUAGUGCGAUCGUUUGGUGGCCCCGAGAACGACUCUGACAUUGAAACGAUGGCGAAAUUUCUCCAGGCCCGGGGUGCUCGGAAUAUUUUGGUGACGCAAGGAAGCAAAGGAUCUACUCUAGUAGCAGACGAUGGUACUGUAAUUCACCAGCCCGCCAUUACAAUAGAAGAGGUGCUUGAUGAAACGGGCGCCGGCGACUGCUACCGUGCAGCCUUUUGUACAGCCUUGUGCGAAGACAAAUCUCUACAGCAAUGUAUGGAGUGGGCAACGGCUGCCGGGGCCUGUUCGGUAGAACGCUUAGGAGCUGUACCCAGUACACCAACUCGCGGCCAAGUAGAGGAUCGCGUCCAUACGAACUGGGUGGAGCGAAGCGUUCUUGAUAUUCCAAGGGGAGAUGGUCUUGGCUUUCGAGGAGGGGCCAAGUCCUUUCCAUUUUUGAUUGGAUCCCGACUCAACUCCAUGAAGGAUCGACCGGAAUUGUGGGACGGUGCUUUGGAUGAUCCUCGAGAGUAUGUCAGACGCCAGUCAACAAUCAAAGGACUUACUUGUGUGGACUUCAACUUUCCACAGCACUUUCACACGUGGUCGAACGAAGAAGCGGCGAAGUCCCUCGAGAUGGCUGGAUUGCGAGCUGGAGCAGUAUGUCUUCGGUAUCCGAGCAAGUUUGCCCGAGGAGCCAUGAACAAUCCAGAUUAUGAACUGAGGCAAGAAGCUAUUGAGCUUACCAAGCACGCCGCACAAAUGGCGAGGGAUCUUGGCGCAAAAGAAGUGGUUAUAUGGAGUGCUUACGAUGGAUACGACUAUCCCUUUCAAGUCGAUUACGAUGAAAAAUGGGACGAGCUAGUGGGCGCCUUUCGAGAGUGUUGUGAUGCCUACCCCGAUAUUCGGUUUUCUGUGGAGUACAAACCUACGGAUGAGAACACCAGGUUUUUCACGAUACCGAGCACGGGAGCGGCUUUGCUAAUGGUGAACGAAGUAGACCGCCAAAACUUUGGCCUUACCCUGGACGUCGGGCACAUGCUGAUGUCUGGUGAAAAUCCUGGACAGUCAAUUGCCAUGGUGGGACGUGCAGGAAAACUGUUUGGCGUGCAGCUCAACGACGGCUUUACCCGCUUGGCUGCGGAGGACGGUCUUAUGUUUGGAUCCGUGCACCCCAGCAUGGCGUUAGAGAUCAUGUACCAGCUGCGGCGAACGAAAUUUGAUGGACACUUUUAUUUUGACACUUUUCCCCAGAGAUCAGAUCCUGUACGCGAGGCAGAGUACAAUAUUCGAAGGGUGAAAGCAUUCUGGUAUGCUGCCUCUUCCAUGGAUGCAGACCGACUGAAACGCGUUAUGGACGAACAUGAUGCAAUUGGAGCCUUAGAACUUGUAGAUGACUCAUUGAGAAGAAUAUAA